AUUUUCGUUUGUGUGCCGUACACCGAAUUCAAUAAAUAUAUUCCGUUAUGUGCUACGAAAAACGAACAGAGCUGAGUAGUCAUCCAAUUUUUGUAAAUAAAUGAAAAUAGGACAGAGGACAGUUAGGAAAUUUGUACACAUUGGAGAAACAAAUAACACAGCGUACUUAAUAAUCUUUAAAAUGUAGUUUGAUAAGUGAUUGAUAAAUCGACCGAUAAUAUUUUAUUGUGUUUAUUAUUAGAUUAAAUAAGUUAAUCUAACUGGGCUUGGCUGUAAUUCUCUUUUUAGUGAAAAAAUAAAUUAUGAGAAUAUUAGCAAGAAGAAAAUGAAUGAGGUAAUAGUAGAAUAUGAUUAUAUUGCUAAAGAAUCCGACGAGCUGACAAUAAAAAAAGGUGACAUCAUUAAAGAUGUAAUAAAGAAAACAGGUGGAUGGUGGGAAGGUGUGUUAAAUAAUAAAAAAGGCAUGUUUCCCGAUAAUUUUGUACGAUCUUUGGAUAAGGAUUCCGUCGUAUUAAGAAAUAGUAAAGAUGUUUCGAGAAUAAGGCAAUGUAGAGUCGUGUUUUCUUAUAAUCAAGAUCACGAAGAUGAAUUAAACUUGAAGGUUGGCGAUAUUAUCGAUAUAAUUGGAGAAGAAGAAGAAGGUUGGUGGAGAGGUGUCUUGAAUGGAAAACAAGGAGUCUUCCCAUCAAAUUUUGUGAAAGAAAUUCCUUUCCAGCCUAAUCCUUCGAAUAGAGUAUCGUCAGUAAAUAUAGGAAAUGAGAGUGAGACUAAACCACCUAAACUGCCUUCUAAACCAACAAAACUAUUAUGCGAAGCCACUUAUCCUUACAAAGCUCAAAACGAAGACGAAUUAUCUUUCAAAGAAGGUGAUGUUAUAACAAUAGUAAACAAAGAAAGCCAAGAUCCAGGUUGGUGGCAAGGAGAAUUGAACGGAAAAAUUGGAUUUUUUCCCGAUAAUUUCGUCGUACUUAUCUCCAAUAACGAUAGUAAAAAUAACAGUAAAGAAGAAAGGAAAUCUGUAACUAAAGCAUUCGCAGAAACAGGUGCCAUAAAAUCAGUUUCGGUAGCUUCCCAAAGAAAAUCGUUAGAACAAAAAACCGAAAAGAAAGAUACUGAUGGUAGUACACUAAAUAAAACUCCCCCAAUUCCAAGUAAAAAACCAACGGUGUCAAUUAAAAAAUCUCCUUCCGGUUCGGGUGCUGGUAUACUUUCCGAAAUCAAAAAGAAAAUUGUAGAUGCGGUGGAUGGUACAACAGGAAGUAAAAUUAUACAAAAAGAACAAUCGGAUUAUGAAAACGCUUUUGAUCAAGUAGAAAGAAGAUCUCUUUUAUCUGAUGUUAGAGCAACAAGAGUCAAAGCACCUGGUCGUCGUCCCCCAACUACCGCUGCUUAUAAAGACGAUCAACCUACUAUAUCAAACGGUAAUGCAGAAACUGAAAUACAAGAGCAUAUUGGAGAUUCUGAAGUUAAACCUCGUUUACGUGAAUGGGAGAAACAUAAAGCCCCUUGGUUAGAAGAAAUGAAGCAAAAUCAAGUGAAAAGAACGAUGACUUGUAUAGAAACCGAGGAGGAAAUUAAACAAAUGGAAAAAGAGGUAAAUAUCUUUCAGGUGGAGCAAUCGAAGCCGGUUUCACCCCCGAAUACGAAAUUUAAAAUACCGCAAGAAUCCGAGAAGCACAUUCGACAUUCCAUAUCUCACGUACCGAAGGACAUUCCUGUAUCAGCUAGUCAAUCUGUAAUUAUUCCGAAGGAGGGCGCGAGUCCGAAAUUGUCACCAGUUAAACUGGGAACGUCGAAGAAUCCCGUUAGUCAAGUCGAUAUUUUGCAACGUUUGGAAAUAUUGGAGGAAACAGUGCAAAAACAACAGCAGCUCAUAGAGGAUUUACGAAACAGGUUGCAGAUCGAAAUAGAAAUGCGAAGCUUUUUACAAGAUAAACUUAUGCAAAACGUACAAGUUUAAUUAUUAUUUUUUUUAAUCAAACGGUGUUUUAAAGUCUGCUAUCAUUUUUUUAUAUACAAAUAUUGCAAAUUUGAAACAAUUAUUCGAUGUUAAUUGAAAUAGGACUCAAUCAUUUCAAUAUCCUUUAAUCCACAUCCUGUGAAAUACAAUUAGGACUGUGAAUAUGUUUAUAUAAUUUUGUAACUUUCUCGAAAAUUAAUUUUGGGUUAUUUCAAUUUUCCAAAUGUUGUUAACUUUUUAAAUCGGUUUCCGGAACCAUCACCAGAGUCUUGGAAAUCUCAAAGUAUCUAAAAAUGUGAUUUUUCAAUUAUUCAAAUUGUUUCAAUUUGCUUAAAAAUGAGUAGAAAUACUCUAAAAUUAUGCUCAAAUAGUUUUUCAAUUAAUCUAUAAAAACUUAUUUUAAUUAAUUUUUAUAUAUAUUUUUUUUUUUAAAUUUUUACUCAUGAAUAUAUAUUCAACUCAAUAAUUUUUGUUAUAACAUCGAAUUUUAUUAAUUGCGGCUGUGAUUUACAAAUUAUUUUCUCAUUUUUUUGUUUUUUCUUUUAUAAAUUCGGUUUAUUAUUCAUAGUUGACCGCCAUUUCCAAACAAAAACGUUCUAAAAGCUUCUAAAAUGUCUGGAACCCAUUUCUUCCUCUAUAUCAUGUCAUUUUUCUCAUUUCCUCGUAAAGUUUUUCCUUUACCCCCUUCGUUGUUAGUCUCUCUUCGAUUUUUAAUAAUUUUUCCAGCCCUUAUUAUUUUUUGUACCAGUUUAUUGUAUUAAUUCAACUUUUAGCUACUGUCACACUCACAAAAUUCAAAUAAAAAAUCAAUUAAUUGAUUCUGUAGUAAAAAUACACCCUGUAGAAUACAUAAAACUGUAAUUACAUUCAUUUAAAAUGAUUAAUUGUACAAACUAACUAUAAUUUCAAAUAAACUAUAUAUCGAUUAUUGCCAUCGAUAAAAACUCGCCCUGUACAACACCUAAAUUACCAAUUUUUGAAAAAUAUUUUUUGUUUGGAGACGGUAUCAAAAUAAAUGACAUUAAAUGGGUUUAAUAUUAAACGCAGGCUUUAUUACAUCUAAUCUAUGCUGCAUUCAAACGCUUUUUCUGUUUAAUUUUUUUUAUUUUUAAUAUAGGGUACUUAAGAAUAUAUAUAUAAUUAUAUAUAGUGUACAAAAAGCUAACUAAAACUUGUUUAUAACUUUGCUAACGCAUAAUUUAUUAUAACAAAAGGAACUAAGCAAUAAUAUUUUUUUAUAAUCAAUUUUUUCUCUUAAAUAAUGAUUUUUGUAUUAAAUAAUUUGCCCAUCAAGGAAUAAUCUAUUCGAAGGAUCUUCAAAAUUGAAGGAUGAAGUAAACAAUUUAUUUCCAGAACAAAUAAAUUGUUUAUUUUGAAAUUUAUUGAUUGUAGUUUGGAAAGUACCAUUCAGUUUACAAUCCGGAUAAAUUUUAAUCGAAUUUUUUUUUUUUUAAAAUUGAGGUGGACAUAAGGUGACCUCCAAUUUAAGAAUUGUCAAAGAAAAAAUGUAAAACCAUGGAGACUAAAGCAAACAAUAAAUAAAACAAAAAUAAAUGGGACGGUUUUAAUAAUCCAACAAGUUUCUUUAGUAUCUAAAUAUGUGACAUAACUUAACAUAAUUUUCUGAUGCAUUACGUGAUCAUUUAUUUGCCAUAUGAGCUAGAAAAGCUGUGCCAAAACUGGUUACUGUUCUGUGGAGUCCUAUAAUUUGCACCAAAAGCAGUUUUUUGGGGUAAUAGUAUAUUAAGUUUAAUAGAAAUAUUGAAAAAAAUGAAAAUUAUUCCUGAAAUAGUACCAAAAGAAAUUUUCAGUGUAAAUAUAUUCGUAAAUGGCCAAAAAAGGAGUAUAAAGAAAUGAAAGAUAAAGCAAACAUGAAAUAGAAAAGAAUGUUUUCCAAAAGUGAAAUAAUUUAAUUGAAAAAGUAGAAAAUUGAUGCUAUAUACUGAACGCUACAUCAGGAUCUUCAAAUAACGAAUUGUCAAAGAAGAAAUACGAAAAAAUGUAGAAAUAUGAAGAUAAAGUAGUAACAGAACACACUAAAUAAAAGGAAAAAGGGGCACUUUCCAACAGUUGUCUGAUUACUGGUGUAAAUUGCACAAAAAUGAACAUAAUUUGACCUACUUGUUAAUUUAUGAGAAAAAUUGUGCUAAAACUAAACAUACAAAGAACAACUUUGAAUAUUUCAAAAGGUAAAUAAUUGUUUACGGCCCUGUGGGAUCCUAUAAUUUGCCACAAAAUCAUUUUUAGGUAUAAAUGUAUUUUUUUAUAAAUUUUAUCGUAUAUUAUUGUUAGUUCCUUUGAAUAUAGGUAGCCAUACUUUAUACAUUCUAUUUUCAAAUUCGUCCAAUUUUAUUGUUUGUAAGAUUUGUUUUUGAAUGUAAUUUUUAAAAUAAUUUAUUUUAUACAGUUGAAUUACUUAUCGUAUUAUUAGGAGUUGCUAAUUUGUUAAGAAAACUUAUUUUAUAAAUUGGUUGUGCAUUUUGAUUAUACUUUUUUUGAAAAUAAAGAUACCAGCAGCUGUA